CUAAGCGGGUUUUAAACAACCCUGAUUGUGAUUUGUGAACCUAUAGAGUAUUGGCGAUUACUGUUUCCAUUAUUUGCCAGUGAAUUUCUCAUCUAAAUCAACAUAACUUUGCAUUUCACACUUUUUUUCCUCACAAAUUCACUUUGGAAGCAAAGGAAUGAAAGUUCUAUAUAAAACAUGAAACAUUUUUUGACAGGAUAAAUUUUCAGAACGUCUGUGUGCCGUUGGUUCUGGGCUUCUAUUCAGUCCAUUCACGGGAAAGCGAUGAGGCCCAAGCUCCUUCCUCUCUUCUCGACUCUUCCCCGUUUCCUCACUCCACGCGGACCAGACAUUGAGAUCCUGCAACAGCAACAAUGGCGGCCAUGGCGAACACCUCUCGUCUCCCCACCCCCUACAGCCUCCCAACCGUCAACAUCGGCGGUAAGUGCAGGAGGCUAGCUAUGGCCGCCGUCAGAUGCGGCCCCGGCGGCAGCAGGAGCCACCGGAGGAGCCUUGGGGUCUUCCUGUGUCGAUCCUCGUCCACGGCCGGAGCCCAAGGGAGCACGAGGAUGGAGGACUAUAACACCGCCAUGAAGCGGAUGAUGCGUAACCCCUACGAAUACCACCACGAUCUCGGUAUGAACUAUGCUGUCAUAAGUGAGAGCUUGAUUGUUGGCUCACAGCCUCAGAAGCCUGAAGAUAUCGAUCACUUGAAAGAUGAAGAGCGAGUAGCCUAUAUUCUUUGUUUACAGCAGGACAAGGACAUCGAAUAUUGGGGCAUUGAUUUCCAGUCCAUUCUCAAUAGGUGCAAAGAACUUGGCAUUCAGCACAUCAGAAAACCGGCAGUGGAUUUUGAUCCAGAUUCAUUGAGGUCACAAUUGCCAAAAGCAGUUUCGGCUCUAGAAUGGGCUAUAUCGCAGCGCAAAGGGCGAGUUUACAUCCACUGCACUGCUGGACUUGGGAGAGCACCUGCAGUUGCAAUUGCUUACAUGUUUUGGUUUGAGAAUAUGGAUCUUAACACAGCUUAUAAGAAGCUAACCACCAUAAGACCCUGCGGACCCAGUAAGAGAGCUAUCCGUGCUGCAACUUAUGAUCUAGCUAAGAAUGAUCCAUCGAAAGAGCCUUUUGAGAAUCUUCCAGAACAUGCUUUCGAGGGCAUCGCGGACUGGGAGAGGAAGUUAAUUCAGGACCGGGUGCGUGCUCUUCGCGAAGCAUGAGCAGAAGAAAAAUAUUAAUAAUAACCACUUUAAGAACAGGAGCAGAGUGAACUCACGGUAGAUCCAAUUAUCCUUAGCAGCAUAACUUUGCAAGUGCAACUCCUUUCACACAUCAAGAAGGGAAACUUAGCUUUCCAAGGACUGCGCUUCAUCACCUGAUUAUUAGAUGUUGAAAUGAAGAGAUUUGAUCAAAAUGCUCUCUAUAAAGCUUAUACAAGGUCGUAUUUGUUGAUGGGUAGUUUGUAAUAGCUAAUAAGAAGGGAAUAAAGAGGGCCUUACAUGAGCUUCUGAGUUGCACCUUUGUGGUGAUUGCGAAUGGAUGCCCAUCCGUUAAUAGCGAAUUGUAAGUUUAUUGUGUAAAUAAACCUGUGGAUGUAUGCCACGGUAUAAUAUUCAUUUUAGGAACAUCACUUGAUUCAUUUCUGUAAAAAAAUAUUUGAAGAUUUGGCCAAAUUACAAAUCUACCAUAUCUUUGGCAAGUCCA